AUGGCGGACUCUCUCAACCCGCCCCUCUCAUACGAGGCGUCGGCCACCACGACUCACCCUCUGCUUGGAACAACUCCUCCUCCAGAGGUGAUCUCCUGUCUCAAGAACUCCAGAUUUCUUCAUCUCGCAACAAGCGAUGGCCUCACUCCGCACAUCUCCCUCAUGUCCUACACCUACCUGCCCUCGACCCCAUUCGACCCGAACCCUACAAUCAUCAUGACCACCAACUCCUCAUCCCGCAAGACCAACCAUCUCAUGACCAACCCGCGGGUUUCUCUUCUGGUUCACGAUUGGGUGUCCCACCGCCCGCCUACCCGCGCCCCCAACCCCAGUGGGCAGCGUGACGGUUCGCCACCGCCAGCCGCAACUCGAUCGUCCCUCGCUAGUCUCCUUCUCAACCUGAACACGAGCGCACUCUCCAGUAUCUCAACAACCAUCACUGGUACCGCCCGCUUUCUGGAAGCCGGCUCGGAGGAGGAGGCCUGGUGCAAGGAGAGGCAUUUGGAGAAUAACACCUUUGAGGAGGAGAUUGGCACAUUCGGGCAACAGCAGCAGGCUGCCGGCCAGCGUAGGCCCAGUCUAUCGAUCGAUGAUGAUGUGCGGGUGGUAACGGUCAGAGUACACGAAGGUCGCAUUGCGGACUGGAAGGGUUGCGUUAGGGAUUGGCAGUUGGUCUCUGAGGGCGAGGAUCAGCCCAGGGAAAAUCUCGUUAAUGGGACGGUCACUCCAUAG